AUGGUGGUAACUCAUUGUGCCUGGCGUUCUAAUCACUCUAGCUCUAGACCCACUUUAAAAUCCCAAAGGGCAUUCAAUGGAAAGAAAUGGGAAAAGUUUAAUAGUGAAAAAGUGGCAUCACUUGCAUAUGCUCGCAUACAGGGAAAAGCUGCUCUCAUUGCCCACUUCCAGAAUUCAAGCUUGAUGAACGAAGAUAAGAGGUGCCGCCCUAUACUGUUCCAUACUGAUGGUCCGAAUGCAGGUGAUCAGGUGCCCUUUCCUAUGGGUGUUACUGUUCGACCUAGACCAAGCAAAAAUCGAGGCAGCACCAGUGAGGAAAGCAAUCAAGAAAGUCUGCCGAAUUUAGCAAAUGGGGAGAAAUCUUCUAAUGAGGACUCAUCUUCAGGUUCUGCAAAGGAUUUAGACUGA